CCACCAUGUCAGAGUCAGGCCGUCAGCCCCCUGAGACCAACCUGCUCUGCGCGGACACCAGUUCGCACCUUUCUUUUGACGCUUUUUUUUAUUCGGUCGACGGCAUACCCAUCAUCCGUGCCAGCUCCGAUAGCCGCCUCGCCUGUCCUCCCCACACCUUCGACAGCCAACCACAAAAUGCCCGACCCCCGCCCGCGCAUCCUCUGCCUGCACGGCGGCGGCACGACGGGAGCCAUCUUCCACGCCCAGUGCCGCGCCGUGAUCCAGGGCUUGCCACACUUCCGCCUCGUUUUCGCCAGCGCCCCAUUCCCCUCGGAACCGGGGCCUGACGUCCUCCCAGUCUACGAGGGCUGGGGGCCCCCUUUUCUAAGCUGGCUGCCCUGGAAGUCGUGGCACCCGCAGCUGGACGACGCAACAACAGCGCGCGCCAUCAUGACGUGCUUAGACCAGGCACAGGCCCACGAUGACGCGUGCGGGGGUUCCGGACCAUGGGUUGGGUUGCUCGGAUUCAGUCAAGGCGCAAAAAUCGCGGCCAGUGUGCUGCUGGACUGUCAGGUGCGGCGCGAGAAGGAGCCCGUUGAGAACUGCUACGAUGACUACCGCUUCGGCGUGUUGCUUGCCGGUCGAGGACCCCUGGUGGGACUCAGUAAUCACACCUUGGGGCAUCCUGCGCUGGUUAAACCGGGUGACCUGGUAGGGUUGCAAAGAUAUGAGCGGCCAUUGCCGCAUUGUCAAGACGAUGGAUUGGUACUCCGGAUGCCCACGGUGCAUGUGCAUGGGCUACUGGACGAUGGCCUCGAAUGGCACCGCAAGCUGGCGCGACAGUAUUGCGAUGGGAAAAGCACAACUGUGGUGGAGUGGGCCGGCCCGCACCGUGUGCCCUUGAGGGCGGAGGAUGUGGUGAAGCUGACCGCUGAGGUGUACAGGGUGGCGAGGCAAUGCGGUGUUGGGGUUUGAAGCGAACCCUGCCUUAACCUUAACACAUACACACACAGGAAGGAUGUGGUGGAUCUUCGAAGCGAGGUCCAAUAGGGGAGUCGGGCUACAGCUCCAUGAACGAGAGACGGCUGGAUCUGUGUAACCGUUGACCGGAUUAGCCGUAAUUUAUAUUGCUACCCACCAUUCUCCAAUGAUGGGUCCGCGAAGCACGGAAUGCAUCACAAGCGGAGAGAAUGGCUCUCCGAGCUGACUCGGUCCUACUGUA